AUGACGAUCGGAGUCUGCUGCAGACCGCCAGACACAGCUUCGGUGGCCAUCCUGGACGAUAUGCGUCGAUGGGCUAGCGACGGUCACUGUUUUAUUCUAGGUGAUUUCAAUGUGCUUCUAAUCGACUGGGACAAAAAUCGCUGCCCACCUGGAGCGGACCGAUUCUCUAAAGACCUCCUCACAGUCGUGAACCAGUUGAUCCUGCAUCAGUACUCCCGCGAGCCCACCAAGAUCAACGAUUCUGCCCAGACAGUCCUUGAUCUAGUGUUAUUCCCUCGAACAUCGGGCGUCGACGCCAUCAAUCACUUCCAACCACUCGGUUCGAUCCAUCAUUUGACCCUGUUGGUGCGUUGA